AUGCUUCCUUGCCCAAGCUUUCUAUUUUUCAACAUCUUCCUUUGCCGCGUCGCGUCAUCAUUGCUUCCAGCGACCUCCAAUUUGAGCUCCAACACCACCCACCUUCCCACCGCCCAAGCGACCUGCACCGGCUUCAAACUCUUCCAGCUCCGACCCUUCUACCGCGACUGCAACAGCGCCAUCGAAUUCCUAUCGUCCAGCCGUCUCCCCGGCUACUUUCACUCUGGCGGCAGCAUGGACACGUGGCAGCUUCCGGUCACCGAAACGGUCGGCACGUGCGACCUGUCGUUGCAACUCGCUCCGUUUUCGCUGCCGGAACGCGGCUCCUGGCAAAUCGUCAAGGCGGCGGCGAGGAAACUGAAUGAGGAUUGCAGAGUCAAGGCUACUUUGGGGGAUGUUACGGGUGGUGCGAUCACGGCUGGGCAGCAUGAUCGGGUUCAGAUUUCGAUGGUGAGAAGGACGAGGGGUGGGGAGGAGGUGGCGGGUGGGUGA